AUGUCCGGCCAAAAGAACUACAUCGUGACAUCUCCAGAACUUGUGCAAGCUGUUCAGCGCAAUACGACCUCUCUUUCAUUCAGUCCAGCUAUGAUCCCGGCAUUCCGUCGAAUGAUGGGUUUCGACGAGGCCGGUAUUGAACUCAUCUUUCGCGAUGCUCACACUGAGAACGGCAUGUAUGGUGAGAUUCAUAGAGUCCAAAAGGCCUCGUUGCUCCCGGGUACGGAGUCUCUUGAUGAACUAUGCACGCUCAUUCGUGCCAAACUGCUCAAUAUCGUCAAUAAACUUUCUUCAAGCCAGACAAUUGAUCUUUAUGCAUGGGUUCAGGAUCUGUUCAUGAGAACAAACAACUCUGCCUGUUUUGGCGAGAAGGACCCCUUCACUCUUGACCCAUCACUCAACUGGACAUUUUGGGCCUGGGAAGCUAAUAUCAAAGUACUCCUCCUGGGAGUCCCUUGGUUCUUGAGCCCCAAGAAGCACUCCACAGCACAGAGAACUCGCAAAGAGCUCGUCGAUGCAUUCUUGAAGUAUCUCAACGACAGCGGUCUGGAUACUGCUUGCUCAUUCAUUAAGGAACUUUCGGGGCUGGGCAUCCGGCGAGGUUUGAGUAAUGAGAAUAAUGCUCGUGCUCUACUUGGCAGCAUCCUUGCGAUUGUUGGAAACACCAUCCCUACGACAUUCUGGCUGUUGAUAUCGAUCUUCUCCAGGCCGGAUUUGUUGAAAGAGAUUCGAUCAGAGAUUGAAGCUACCCUUGAAGAUUCUUUGUCACGGACAAUAUCUCUCGACUACACUACUAUUCGUGAGAAGUGCCCAGUCUUCAUGUCAACUUACGAUGAAGUCCUCCGAAUGACUAGUGGCAUCGCGACAGUGCGGUACACUAAUGAAGACACUCUCAUCCAGGAUCGCUGGCUCUUGAAGAAAGGCGCUCAAGUCCAGAUGCCAACAGCUUUCAUCCACGUUGAUCCAACGACCUGGGGUACGGAUGCGGACGUCUUUGACCACACGAGAUUCCUCAAGUCCAUGGUCCUCACCAAGGAGCAGAAGACCCGAAGAGCUGCCGCGUUCAGGCCAUUUGGCGGUGAUAACACUCUCUGCCCUGGUCGUCACUUUGCAUCCUAUGAGGUCCUGACCUUUGUCGGAAGUGUUCUGCUGGGUUUUGACAUGACGCCCACUACAGAUUCAUUCAUAGUUCCACCGAUGGAUAGAUCAAAGCUCCCUUUGACGUCUCUCAAGCCGGCUGGGGAUAUCAAGGUAAAUCUGUUGAGGAGGCCUGGUUGGGGAGAAAUGGAGUUCAGAUAA